GAUGAACUCGAUUUUUCUCUCAGGUUGUCUCGCUAAGGUAAAGGUAAUCUUUGCAGAGAAUAUUGUUUGUUGCUCACGAAUAAAAGUGUUGAUGAUGGAUACGAAAAAUUUACUGCAUACGAAUAGGACAGAAGUGAGAAAAUUGGUUUUGGAAAAAUUAGGCCAAAGUGAGGAAGAUAUAAGGAAAGAUAUACAGUUGCUAAAAAAUUGGUUUAAUUAUCAAAAGCAUUUACCAGAGUUGCCUUGUGAUGAGGUCCUAGAGAUAUUCCUAGUUGUCAACAAAUUCAAUUUAGAAAAAUGCAAAAAGAAAGUAGACAAAUAUUAUACGAUAAGAAAAGAAAUACCAGAAUUAUAUGUUAAUAAAAAUCCAAAGUUAGAACAUAUGAAGGAAAUCGCAAAUGUUGUUUAUGCGAUACCACUACCAAAACUUACCCCAACCCUUAGCAGAAUCACCGUGAUGAAAUUCAAAGACACAAACCCAGAAAAAUACCACCCCUUAAACUAUUUCGCCCACACUUACAAUAUCCUGGAGAUUCGAGUGAGGGAAGACAUGAUGCUAACAGACACUCUCGUCUAUGAUUUGGAAGGUCUACAAUUCGGACAUCUUUUUAAAUUAAGAAUUGGAAUUUUAAGAAAGGCUUCGGCAAUUCUCGAAAAAGUGUUCACCAGUAGACUUGAAGCUAUCCAUUACAUAAACCUCCCGAGUUCAAUGCAAGUAAUAGUGAAUUUAGCCAAAAAUAUUUUUGGGGAGAAAAUGCGGAAAAGGAUUCAUGUACACAAAGAUUUGGAGAGCUUACAUCAACAUAUACCCAAGGAAUUUCUACCACAAGACUUUGGUGGAUCUGAAAAGACUUUAGAUGAGCUACAUGGUAAGUUUUCAUAAGAAUUUUCUAAUAAAUUCACUAUCUUUGGCUUUUUUAGUACUUUGGAAACAAAAAUUCGAGGACUACCAAGAAAUGUUUGAUCAUCUAGAAACAUUUGCACCAUCGGAAAAGGAUUUCAUUGACCGCGAACAAGAAGAUAUUGAAACUACAGUUAAUACAGAAUUCAAAAAUUUAUCUUUUGAUUGAAAAUAGAACAUCACAAACGAUUUUUUAGCCUUUCUAUGUGCAAAACCUAUUCAAAACUAUAAUACAGAAAAUACAAAGCCUAACAAUUUUGUUCUAUAUAAGGUAGUUAUUUUUCUUUAGCUCUAAUAAUUGUGGUAUUUUUUAAUUUUUCUAUUAUAUUGACUCUUCCUUUUUAAUCUACAUUUAUUUUUUUGAAAUUCCCAUAAUAGCCCAAUACAUCGUCAUUUUCAAGUUUAGUCGGUCUCAGUGAUUCAUCUACUCUUAGGUUUACCAAUUUUUCAUAUCUGUCUCUGUUUUUCUCAUAGCCUUGCAAUAAGU